GAGGCUGCGUAGGUCGACCGCGCCAGGGGAAGAUGUGAGGCCUCUCUUCCUCUCCUAGGGCGCCAGGGGGCGCCGGGAGGCCUUCCUUCUUUCCUCCCCCGAGGCGCCAGGGGGCGCUGUGGGGAUGCCUACGCCUACUUAACCCAGCCGAACAUAGCUCAGGGCUCGGGGCAGCACAGGACAGCGACGGCAGGGGGCGAUGUUAAGACCCUGUGGGGUCGCCCUCCCGACCGGCGCGCGGUCGUUGUUAUGGGCGGGGGGUAGAUCCGUAGGGGGGCGGCGCCGUAGAGCCUCCGCCCGCCAUUUAAAGGGCAGCCGUAAGGGCGGAGGGAUCUACCACUUAGCACCCCCUCCGAGUGUAGAGAACUUCUUUGGAUCCCUCCGCCGCGAGGUCGGCGUGUGGGGACAGCGAGGGCCGGCGCUCGUUUUUUAAAACCUAACUUUUCUCCUUCCGCCGCGGGCGCCGGGCCGGGCUCCGGGACUCCUUUCCGUGCCCCUCCGCCGCCGCCGCCGCCGCCGCCGCCCCGGGCGGGUCCGGGCCGGGGCUAGGAGGUGAGCGGCCGCGUACGGUGAGGCGAGGCGAGGCGUCAGCCCGAGACGCGGAGCGCCGCCCGGCCCAUGCCUCUCCGGCCCUGCGGCCGCUCCGGAGGCGGAGGAGAGAAAAUUGAAAUUAUUCUCUGAGCUAUUUGAAGAGAGUGACUAAAUGCCACUGGGUCGGGCUGUCUGUGGGUAUGAAGUGGUUGGGAGACUCCAAGAACAUGGUGGUGAAUGGCAGGAGAAAUGGAGGCAAGUUGUCUAAUGAACACCAGCCGAAUCAAUCCAAAUUUCAGCACGCGGGAAAGGACGCCCUGAAGGCUGGCAGAAAUGCAGUUGAGAGAAGGUCAAGCAGAUGUAGUGGCACUUCAGGGUUCGAGGGACAGAGUCGCUAUGUACCUUCUUCUGGGAUGUCUGCCAAGGAGCUGUGUGAGAAUGAUGACCUAGCCACCAGUUUGGUGCUUGAUCCCUACCUGGGAUUUCAGACCCACAAAAUGAACACUAGCGCCUUCCCUUGGAGGAGCUCCAGGCAUUUUACCAAACCUGACAGCUGCCCUCAUACGCACUCCGUGAGAUUCCGACCUAUUAAAGGAAGGCAGGAAGAGCUGAAGGAGGUGAUCGAACGCUUUAAAAAAGACGAGCACUUGGAGAAGGCCUUCAAAUGCCUGACGUCAGGCGAAUGGGCCCGGCACUAUUUUCUUAACAAGAAUAAAACGCAAGAGCGGUUGUUCAAAGAACAUGUAUUUAUUUAUUUGCGAAUGUUUGCAACUGACAGUGGAUUUGAAAUCCUGCCCUGCAACAGAUACUCGUCGGAGCAGAAUGGAGCCAAGAUCGUGGCCACGAAAGAGUGGAAGCGGAAUGACAAAAUCGAGUUGCUGGUGGGCUGCAUUGCUGAACUCUCGGAGAUAGAGGAGAACAUGCUGCUUCGGCACGGAGAGAACGACUUCAGCGUCAUGUACUCCACCAGGAAGAACUGCGCCCAGCUCUGGCUCGGCCCGGCGGCCUUUAUAAACCAUGAUUGCAGACCUAACUGUAAGUUUGUUUCAACUGGCCGGGACACGGCCUGCGUGAAAGCCCUGAGGGACAUCGAGCCCGGAGAAGAGAUCUCUUGUUACUAUGGAGACGGGUUUUUUGGAGAAAACAACGAGUACUGCGAGUGUUACACUUGUGAAAGGCGGGGCACUGGUGCUUUUAAGUCGAGAGUGGGCCUGCCCGCGCCCGCUCCUGUCAUCAACAGCAAAUAUGGGCUGAGAGAGACCGACAAGCGCUUAAACAGGCUCAAAAAGCUGGGCGACAGCAGCAAGAACUCCGAUAGCCAGUCCGUCAGCUCCAACACGGAUGCAGACACCACUCAGGAAAAAACCGACGCAACUUCCAACAGGAAAUCAUCUGUUGGCGUAAAGAAGAGUAGCAAGAACCGAUCGUUAGCACGGCCGUCGUCGUCGUCGGUGUCCCGGAUACCAGCGUCCUCUGACACUACCUCAUCCAAACUCACUCCUAUCCACAAUCCCAGGGUACCAAAGAAACUGAAAAGGCCUGCCAUCAAGCCUUUACUUUCCAAGAUAAAGCUAAGAAACCAGUGCAAAAGGCCGGAGCAGAAGGGCACCUCGAGGAAGCUCCAGGUGGGCAACCUGGUCCUCAAAGAGCCCAAAGUGGUUCUCUACAAAAACCUGCCCAUCAAAAAGGACAAGACAGCCGAGGGACCAGCGAGUGCCACAGCGGCCAGCGGGUGCCUGACCCGCCAUGCCGCCCGAGAACACCGGCAGGGGCCUGUGAACGGGGCCACCGAGCAGGAUGGGGGGUCUGCCUACAUCACUCGGAGGUCAGUGAGGACGAGAACCAAUUGGAAGGAGACCUCUGAGCCGGCCCUCGAACCAAACCUGUCAGGCAACUCUCCGAGCACCUGGAUGGGCACGGGCCCUGGCACAGACACGGACACCGUGGAGCCGCCCGUUGGCCAUGCAGUGCGUGACCAGGAAAAGGCUCAUGAAGCCACAUCCCCAAAAGGGGAGGGGAGGGCCCCAAAGGAUGACAUAAGCGUGGCCAAAAAGAAAUCGCGACAAGGAAAACUUUUGAAACAGUUUGCAAAAGCAGAGGAGCCCAUCUCGGUCCUGGAUGCUCCUGAGGGUGAUGAAGCGGUGCCCGACCUCAUCAGCUCUCACUCUGACCACGGAGAGUCCAGGGACAGAGUGGACGGGCCAGCUAGCCGCCAGGACUGCGUCCCUGCCGCCACGGGGGGUUGUUCUGUGGGGACCCCUGAGCAUUUCAAAACAAAAGACAACUUUAGAACUGCAAAAAGCAAAAAAAAACGUCGCAUCACGAGGUACGAUGCCCAGCUAAUCCUAGAGAACAGCUCUGGGAUCCCCAAAUUGACUCUGCGGAGACGCCACGAUAGCAGCAGUAAGGCCCACGACCAAGACAGCGACGGCAUGAACGCUUCCAAAAUCAGCAUCAAGCUAAGCAAAGACCACGACAAAGACAACAGCCUGUACGUGGCCAAGCUCAACAACGGGUUUAACUCAGGGUCAGGCGGCGGCAGCGCCACCAAAUUAAAGAUUCAGCUCAAACGUGAGGAGGAGAGCCGGGGCCCCUACGCAGAGGAGCUCCGUGGCGACAACGGGCUCUGCUGCCAGGAGACCCUGUCCCUCCUGGAGUCGAGGAUGGACAUGGACGACUACAGCCAGUACGAGGAGGAGAGCGCCGAGGAGUCGUCCUCUUCAGAGGAAGAUGACAACGACGAGGACGACGAGGACGACGAGGACGAGGACUACGAAGAUGAGUUCGAGGACGACUUCAUCCCUCUUCCUCCGGCCAAGCGGCUCAGGCUCAUCGUAGGCAAAGACUCGAUUGACAUCGACAUUUCCUCGAGGAGGAGAGAAGACCAGUCUCUGAGGCUCAACGCCUAAGCCAUGGCUGGGCUCAACUAUCCCCAGGAUCCGCGUCAGAGAAAUAUGAGUAAUUCCAGUCUCAAUGAUUCCUCACCUGAAAGACCCGAGGGCAGCACUUCCUGUAUUCCUUGAUCAGCUUAAUAUUGUAGAGAGUGUACAGCAAACGGACUCUUCCUACGCCUGACUGGCGCCAUUUUUAUUGUACUUUUUAAAUAGCCUUCUGAUGUGCAAUUCUAAGGUCAAGGGGAUGCCCUGUUGUAAAAUAAAGGCUCGAGCAAAAUUGUACAGAGAGAUAGAGCAACUUUCCAUGCAGGACAGUGAAAACAAUGAUGUGGCUACACAAUGAUUUUUAACAAAACUUAAGAGCAUUCGUGGGCUCUUUAAUAUCGACUAAACCGUAAUUUAAAAAAUCACCGUAGUAGCAUAUUAACGUUUUCUAGUACAUGUGACUAUCACCAGCAAUGACCUACGGCUUUUUGAUUUACUUGCUAGAUGUUUCCCCCUUGGAGUUUUGUCCGUUUUACACUGUACGCUGUCCCGGAUGUACUCUUUGUGGCCUUUGUCAUAGUAGCAAACUGUUGGUUGGAAGUCAAAUUGAUUUCUUUAAAAAAAAAGUACAAUUACAAAGGUGUUGAGAGUUUGCUAACUUUUUAGUACAUUAUAUGUACGAGGGUAGCAGUAUGCAGAACGGAAGUUUGGAUAUAUGGUGUAUUUAUUGCUUGUUAUGUAAAUUAAACACCUUGUAUUUAACACUUUUCAAUACUUUUAGAUAAAAUUGUUCUUUGCAAGAAUGAUUGGUGCUUAUUUUUUCAAAAAUUUGCUGUGAAACAAUGUGGUGACACCAGGCAACAUUUACCCCAUGACCCACAGCUCAUCAUUCGGUUCUUCAUCGUUUUCUGUUGCACUUGUAAAAUGCUACAAGGAAUAUAAAGAAAUCUAUUCACUUUAACUUAUAAUAGUUUAUGAAAUAAAAACCUGAGUCACAGCUUUUGUUCUGUGGUGCCCUAUAAAAUGUUUGUCUUGGAGAUUCAAUGUAAAGGACUGAAAACACUGUACAUGUUGUAAAUAUUUGUGUGUUGUGAGAAAUUUUUGUCAUAAGACAUUAAAAGAACUUACCAGGAAGGUUUCUAUACAUUCAUGCCAAUGACAUAGGCCAACAAGGUUCCCGCCUGCCCCCUCGGAGGCCCGCGCCAGCGGGCACUCCUACCUCCUGUUGCUCACAGCCAAGAGGAGAACUGGGUAAAGCACUUUGAGGAGAGGGAAGAUGAAUUCGAAGUAAUAUAAUGAACAAAGCAACUUUGGUCACAACUUUGGUGUUGAUGCCAGACUCUUGUAUCAUUUUUAUGGAUUAUUUUAUAAAUCAUUGAACUCAGAGUUUGAAAACCAACGAAGGGCUGUUGUGGCAGCUGGUGUUCGUCAGAACAAUGGCUCUCAUGGCUCCCUUCUGGCCGUGUCUAGAGAGUAGAACCCAGGCCUGGCAGAAGUAGGAAGGGAUAGGCCCAAGCUAGGAGAGCCAAUAGCUAUCUGUCUACCUGGAUAGAUGUGGUCCAGCUCCAUCCUUAAAUGGAAAUGCCAGGGGGUAGCCAGCCUUGCCACCCGCCAUUUUGGUUUCUUUAGCCUCUUCAUUCACCCAGGAGUUAGUUCCCUAAUCUUGUCUUCUCUGUUGACUGCACACUUUAGCCCUUCCCACGUUCAUUGAGAAGCCAUCCGCCUUGUCCCCACUUGGUGGGUGUAGAUUUCUUAGGCUGCCAUGUCAUAGUCUUUCUACAAGGGGUUUCAGCCCCUCUGGACUUUAAUCCUUAGAGCAUCCCUAUUUAAGAAAGCUAGGAUAUCCAGGGAGGCAAAGUCCUAUUCCCAGAGGGAAGUCUAGACUCCAGGGCUCGGAAUCAUGUCCUGUCCUUUAAAUCGCUAGUUCUUCAUGUUGGGGUCUGGGGCAUUGGGGGAUCCGAGUCGGGGAGGGGAGAGGACUAGCCUGGGCUGGUUCUUUGCAUUCUUGGGGCCACCUUUCCGUGGGUUCUAGCUUUCAUUGUAAAGUAAUAAAGAUCUUUAAUUACAUUUCUCAUUCUUGCUUUUUAAGUUGAGAUUUCUUUUUUCUUAUUUAUUUUGUCAAUCUCUUUUGAGACUUGUCCCUUUGGUCUCAUGCCAUUGAUACCCUGAUGGAAAAAUCUGUCAUCGCUUGUUGCCCCUCAGAGGUUGUUCUGCACAGGCAUUUGGAAGCCACUGGCCAUGCCAUCUCAAGAGCACUCUCACCUUGGGGGGAUAGCGAGAGCCGUGGGUGGGGGCCGAAUGUGUGAGGACAGAACUCUUGGCUUGAGCUUAUGCAAUGAUGGGUAAAAAUUCGCUGACAUUGUGAGAGCUUAGGAGAUAAUCAUAGAAAUCUAUGUAAAGUAUUCCAUUUUAAAUCAUUUUUCAAAUGACUGUUUAAAUUGUUUGAGUUGUAAUACUUUUGAGAUACUCUGUAUUCCUUGUACUGAAAGAAUGCAAAAAGGACUUUUUCAGCAUUUGAGGUAAGUUCUUUACAAUUCAUUCAAAGAAACAAAACAUUUUUUUACAAAUAUUUUGUACAUGCACUUGCAGUAUUGAGGUUAAUCAUUUUAAUAAAUUCAAAAAUGAAAACA